UCCUUUCUUUGAUGGUCAAAUAUAGAAGAAGAGUUAUUUGAGAGAGAGAGAGAGAGGCUCUGGAAAUCUUGUGAUCCAUAAAUUGUCUCUCUUCUUUUCCUCUGUUCUCAUAUACAAGGAAAAGGGCUUCCUCUGUUCUGUUCCUAAUAAAUAUCUGAAAUCAAAAACAGAGAGAGUCUUUUCUUUUUUUCUUUCACUCUAUCUCUCUCCACACAUGUUACUUACAACUUAAUAGUUUCUCUAUAUCUCCUUGAGAUCUCCAUCCAGCUGUUGCUUUUUUUACUAAACAAAACUCCUCUUUGUGUGAGUGAAUGAAUGGAAGUUUCCGACUCUCUCUUCUUUUGUUUUUUCAACAUACUUCAUUCAUUCAUUUUAGCAUAACAAUCGGUGGUUGGGGAUGAUAUGAGAUGAGGCCCGAUGUUAUCCCUUUUCUUCAACUUUUUGACCUCUUGUCUCUGGCCCUCUUCUUCCACCACUUCCCACACUUAUUCUGAUUCCAAAGGCAAACAAGACGGCCUUCUCUGGUACAAAGACUCUGCUCACCACCUUUUUGGUGAUUUCUCCAUGGCCGUUGUCCAGGCCAACAACCUCCUCGAGGAUCAGAGCCAGGUCGAAUCCGGUCCUUUGACCACCCUCUCUUCUUCUGGUCCCUAUGGAACCUUUGUUGGCGUCUAUGACGGCCACGGAGGCCCUGAGACCUCCCGUUUUGUCAACGAUCAUCUCUUUCACCAUCUCAAGAGAUUCGCAGCGGAGCAGGAUUCCAUGUCUGUGGAUGUGAUAAGAAAGGCCUAUGAGGCAACCGAAGAAGGGUUUCUAGGGGUGGUGGCCAAGCAGUGGGCAGUGAAGCCACAUAUAGCAGCGGUUGGCUCUUGUUGCCUGAUCGGUGUGGUCUGCGAUGGGAAGCUUUACGUAGCUAACGUUGGGGACUCCCGUGCGGUUUUGGGAAAGGUCAUCAAGGCCACAGGUGAGGUUAAUGCGCUUCAGCUCUCAGCUGAGCAUAACGUGAGCAUAGAGUCUGUGAGGCAGGAAAUGCACUCCUUACACCCUGAUGACUCCCAUAUUGUCGUCUUAAAACACAAUGUCUGGCGUGUUAAGGGCAUUAUUCAGGUAUCACGAUCCAUAGGAGACGUGUAUCUUAAGAAAUCGGAGUUCAACAAGGAACCUUUGUACACAAAGUACCGAUUGCGGGAGCCAAUGAAAAGACCUAUCUUGAGUUGGGAACCGUCGAUAACCGUGCAUGAUCUCCAACCAGACGAUCAGUUUCUGAUAUUUGCAUCAGACGGACUUUGGGAGCAGCUUAGCAACCAAGAGGCUGUUGAAAUCGUUCAGAACCACCCAAGAAACGGGAUAGCGAGGAGACUGGUGAAAGCUGCGCUGCAGGAGGCAGCAAAGAAAAGAGAGAUGAGAUAUUCUGAUCUCAACAAGAUUGAGAGAGGAGUCAGGAGGCAUUUCCAUGACGACAUCACUGUGGUCGUCCUCUUCCUGGACACCAAUCUGCUCAGCAGAGCCUCCUCUCUUAAAACCCCUUCUGUUUCUAUCCGUGGUGGUGGUAUCACUUUACCUAAGAAACUUUAAAACCAGGCUCCAUCCAUCUUCUAGUUAUAUUUAUCCAACCAAAGAUAUGUGUUUUUUUUUUCUUUCUUUAUGUUUUUUUGUCUUUUUGGGUUCACUCUUCCUGGUAUAAGAAAUGUAUAAUUUAAAACUGAAGCUAUUGACAUGUUGGAUCUCAUGCCAAAUAUUUUUGUACUCGGACUAGUUCAUGUAAAAUGUAUUAUCUCUCUUCUUAGUUCUUAAGAGUAGAGCAUUGUUUUCGACGACAAGGAUAUGUAUGUAUAUAUGCUUUUUCAUUUGGGAUUUAGUCUAUGCAAAACCGAUCCCAAACUUUCUAAAAUUGGGAAGUGCAGCAUG